AUGAUGCAUUUUCUAUACGCUAUACCACUCUUAGGCUCCUUGCAGCUCGCAUGUGCUGCUACUGUCGAAGUCUACUGGGAGAUCACGUGGGUUACGGCCGCACCAGACGGAUACUCGAGGCCGGUGAUAGGUGUCAACGGGCAAUGGCCAUGCCCUGUGCUGGAGGCCAAUGUCGGCGACACAGUCAUUGUCCACGUGGACAACAAGUUGGGGAAUGAGACAACAGGUCUUCACUUCCAUGGUAUCAACCAAAAGGGUACUCCGGAGAUGGACGGCCCCUCCGCUACAACACAAUGUUCUAUCCCUCCCGGCUCAUCGGCGACCUAUCAGUGGUUGGCUGAUGCACCAGGCACGUAUUGGUAUCACUCCCAUCAAAUGGGCCAGUAUCCCGAUGGACUCAGGGGGCCAUUGGUUAUCCACGAUCCUGAGGACCCAUACAAGGGCAAGGUCGACGAGGAAGUCAUUCUUACUUGUACUGAUUGGUACCACUCCCAGACUAUUCCUCUUGUGCAGGCUAUGCUUCAACCAAGCAACACUGAAUUUCGACCUCCGCUGCCAGACAGUAUCCUCGUCAACGAAGGAGGAAGCACUCAAAUCAAAUUCGACAAAGGAAAAACCUACCGGCUCAGGGUGUUAAACUUCUCCGCCUUUGGCGCCUGUUUCUUCCACUUCCAGAAUCACACCAUGCAGGUGAUCAUGCAAGAUGGGUCGUACAUAACCGAAGCCGAGGCUUCUCAGAUAUAUCUGGCUCCUGGCCAGCGACAUGACGUCCUGCUCUCGUCUAAGGACAGCUGCAACUACCCAUUCCUCGUUGCUCUGGAUGUUAAUCCAGACUUCCGUGCCCCAGUACUCGGCUUCCCCUAUAACAAAACGGGAUACCUUGUGGGGAACCCAUCCGAGAACAGCACCUCUGUAGAUGUUGUUGAUGUGUGGAACCCUGUCGACACAACUCUCUUCACCAACCCCGCUGGGGAAGGACCCCUCAGCCCGGUCGGAACGACCAUAACGCUCGAGGUAAAGUUCUGCUUCGACAACAACAGCAUCCCGCGCUCAUGCUUCAACGGCCACCCAUACGUGCCCCAGAAAGUACCGACGCUAUACUCCGCUGCCACCACUGGCGAUGACAACUCCAACCCAGUCGUGUAUGGUGGUGUCAACCCAUACAUCGCCCCAGAAGGCCAGGUGAUCGAGAUUGUCGUCAACAACCUCGACCCCGGGUCACACCCCUUCCACCUCCACGGUCACCAGUUCCAGCUCCUGGCAGCGCCGGGCCCCAACGCGGGCGUGUUCUCCGGAGACACUUCCAGCUUCCCCGCCCAGCCGGCGUACAAAGACGGCGUCAUCAUCAACAGCAACUCUUAUGCGGUGAUACGCUUCAAAGCCGACAACCCGGGCACCUGGCUUUUCCACUGCCACAACGAGUGGCACGUGGAGAUGGGGCUGACCUCGACCAUAAUAGAGGCGCCCAACGAGCUCCAGGGCUUGCAGUUCCCGCAGGAUCAUAUUGACCUCUGCAAGACCCAGGGGAUCCCGUACCAGGGUAACGCGGCUGGCAACACCGUAAACUAUACCGACACAACGGGGAUGUUAUUUGUGAACCCUCCUACUUAUACCGGGGCUCUGUAUGAACCAACCGCUGUCCCCAGGCCUCGUUCUCGUAUUGUCCGCACCAAGUUGUGA